AUGACCAACACCAACACCGUCUAUAUCGCUGCUAUUGCCCGCACACCCAUCGGAUCCUUCAACGGCUCCCUGGCCUCGUUCACAGCUGUCCAGCUCGGUUCUCUUGCUGUCAAGGGUGCUUUGAAGAAGGUCGAUAUUAAGCCCGAGCAGAUCGAUGAAAUCUACUUCGGAAACGUCUUGUCUGCCGGUCUCGGUCAGAACCCCGCCAGACAGGUCGCCCUCGGCGCCGGACUUCCCCAGACCACCGUCUCUACCACCGUCAACAAGGUCUGCGCUUCCUCCAUGAAGGCCGUCAUGCUUGCUGCCCAGACCAUCCAGACUGGCCAGGCCGAUAUUGUGAUUGCGGGAGGUGCCGAGUCGAUGAGUAACGUCCCAUACUACCUUCCCAAGAUGCGCUUCGGAGCCAAGUACGGACACCAGGAGGUCAUUGAUGGAGUUCAGAAGGACGGUCUCACCGAUGUCUACAACAACUACGCCAUGGGUGUUGCUGCUGAGGAGACUGCCGAGGAGCACGGUGUCUCCCGCGAGGAUCAGGAUGACUAUGCCAUCCAGUCCUACAAGCGUGCUCAGCACGCCACCGAGGCUGGUCUUUUCAAGGACGAGAUUGUCCCCGUCGUCGUUCCCGGAGCUCGUGGUAAGCCCGACACCGUCAUCACCGCCGACGACGAGGUCGCCAACUUGAACGAGGCCAAGCUGCGUGCUAUGCGCCCCGCUUUCAAGUCCAACGGCGGAACCGUCACUGCCCCCAACUCAUCUCCCAUCUCUGACGGUGCUUGCGCCAUCAUCUUGAUCUCGGGACAGAAAGCUCGUGAGCUCAAUAUCCCCGUUUUGGCCAUCAUCCGUGGCUCUGCCGAUGCUGAGCGUGAUCCUUCCCGCUUUACCACCGCCCCCUCUCUCGCCAUCCCCAAGGCCAUCCAGCGUGCCGGUAUUACUGCUGAGCAGGUCGAGUUCUAUGAGCUCAACGAGGCCUUCUCGGUAGUCGCCUGUGCCAACAUGAAGAUCUUGGGUUUGACCAGCGAAAACAUUAACGUCAACGGAGGUGCCGUUGCCCUUGGACACCCCCUCGGAUGUUCUGGAGCUCGUGUGAUUGUCACAUUGGUCAGUGUCCUUCAGCAGAAGAACGCCAAGAUUGGUGUUGCCGCCAUCUGCAACGGAGGCGGUGGAGCCUCUGCUGUCGUCAUUGAGCGUGUCAGUGAGGACCACGCCAAGCUGUAA